AAUGAAGCCGAAUACAAACAAUAAAACAUUUAAUAAUGGAUUUCGAUAGAAUUCAAGCAAUAGUAAUGUUGGUCUAAUGAUUGAUCAAUAAAAUUCAUUGAACUAUUCUCAUCGAUUGGCUGAAGAAAGUUUGUAAAUAGGUGAAGAUGUAUUGGAAUCAUUUAAAAGACAAAAUGAUAGUCUCAAAGUAUUUAUUAUUUAUUAAAAUAGAGAAUAUAAAAUAAAGUUAAUUAUACAAUUGGCGAUUUGGGAUUGUCUUAAGGAAUUAUUAAGCUUAUAGGAUCAAGAGAUUAAUAAGAUAGACGCAUUGUCAUAUUUUUAACCAUUUUAUUAUUUGCCUUUAUAGGAACACUUUACUACGUGUUCAAAUGA